AUGCGGUCUGUCCCGCUGCCACUGCUGCUCCUCUGCCUGAGCCUGUGCACCCACUGCCUGCGCCGCGGGCAGCCGCUGCCAGGGGGAGGCACCAACGUGGAGAAAAGGCCCCUGGAUGACAACAUGCGGGAGGCAGAAAGCCUCAUCCUUCAGUCUGUCCUCAAGAAAUCUGAGGAAGAAAAGAUCAAUAAAGAAUCAAACACCCCUCUGCCAGAAUGGCUUUCUAAAAGACAACACCCUGGAAAGAGGUAUAUAAGUGACCUGGAGAAGAGACAGCAUCCUGGGAAAAGAGAGGAUGCGGAAGAAUCAUCUUAUGGAGACAUUCAGAAGAGACAGCAUCCAGGGAAAAGAGAAGAAGAAGGCAGCCUUGCCCGUUACCUGGAGCUGAAAAAGCGACAGCAUCCUGGCAGACGGUCAUUGUGGGACCAGCACGCUGACACCCCGAGCGCACAGCUAACCUACUUGAAUGAGUUAUCCAAAAGACAGCACCCAGGCAAAAGGUAUCUGCCAUAUAAGCUUCAGCAUCCUGGCAGUAGAGGCUGGAAUGAUGAGCAAGACCUAAGGGACCAGCAUGUGGAGAAACGCCAGCAUCCUGGGAAAAGGUACUUGGAUACUAAAAACCCAGAAUAUGCAGCCCCCUGUGACUUUCAGGAGUCCUCCAGCUGCAAUGAAGGCAGCUUAUUGCUUGAUUUAGUGGAAGAUGUCAGCAGGGUAGAAGAAAAACGUCAGCACCCAGGAGGGGGAUUAGCAUGGGAGAGUGAAGCAGAGGAAUGA